AUGGAAUCAGCAAGCAGCACAGACUCCCAAAAAACACUCAGAAAUAUGGGUGGCCAGAAAGAUACCUCUCAGCAGAUACAUACUAGCAAGGAGCCAAAUGCAGCAGAGGACAAAUUGAAUGAUAUCCCAGAAGCAGUGCAAAAGGUUAAAAAGCAUCUUGGGGACAAAGAAGGAGAAAACAGAACAGAGAGAACCAAAAUGGCAGAGAGGAAGAAGAGGAAACGCCGUAGUGAUGUAAACAGAGCAAGCUCUAUCUGGAAACUAAAAAAUGAAGGAAAGCUAGCUGCGAAAAAAGAAGGGGCAGUGCUAGAGACCGAUGAUCAGUUAGUCCCAGAGCCUCUAGCUCACAUUCCUCUGAAGAGCCUAAUGGAUGUGGAAGCAACGUUGGUCUACCUCGAUGAGGAGGACAUUGCCUAUGAGUUUGUGGAGCCUGCGGUGUCCACAUGCGCCCAAGCAGCCUGUCACAAUCCUGAAAAAGCAAAUGCUCCAAGUGCACCUAAUUUGCCCCAGAUUGACAAAUGGCUCGAGGUAACUUUGAGAGAUGCCAGCGCCUGCUACAGGCAGAAGAAGUAUGCGGUGGCAGCGGGGCAGUUCAGGACGGCGCUGGAGCUUUGCAGUAAAGGUGCUGCUAUGGGCAAACCCUUUGAUUCAUCUCCGCAUGAUAUUUCCAGUGUUGCCAGUUUUAUUGAGACAAAGCUUGCAACUUGCUACUUAAAAAUGAGGAAGCCUGAUCUUGCCCUGAAUCAUUCACACAGGAGCAUUACUCUGAACCCAGCUUAUUUCCGGAAUCACCUGCGUCAAGCUGCUGUGUUCAGGUGUUUAGAAAGAUACUCAGAAGCAGCAAGGAGCGCUAUGAUUGCUGACUAUAUGUACUGGCUGUCAGGAGGCACUGAGCAGCACAUAAGCAAGCUCAUCAAACUGUAUUGGCAGGCUAUGAUUGAAGAAGCUGUCACCAGAGAAGAAUCUUUUUCAGUUAUGUACACACCAUUUGUGACCAAAGCCAAGGCUGACAAAAUAGAAAAGAUGAAGGACAUUUUCGCUAAAAAGCACCCUGAUUAUGUAGAGCACAUAUAUACAGAUCCUCAUGGAUUUCAUAUCUUGCCACAGACAACGGACUGGUCCUCUCUGCCUCCCCAGCAGUAUCUUCUGACUCUGGGCUUCAGAAACAAAGACGUCGGAAAGUUCUUGGAAAAGAUGUCAAGCAGGAAGCUGACAAUCUUUUCAGAGUACAAGGCACCUUUGAAUCUUCUCACAAAAGAAGAAUCAAGAAGACAUUUGGAGACCAUCGGGAAAAAGAUCUUGCCAAUAAUGGAUUUUAUACGAAGCACCAAGUUAAUGGACCGUUUCUGCGCGUGCUCGCACGUGAUAGAGAAGUUGCAGUACGCCAGCCUGCUCGGCUGCUUGCAGCAAGCCACCGAGGAGUCCCAGGUGAUUAAUCAAGCCAUGGCUGAGCUCGCAUCCCUCCCCUACCUGCAGGACAUCAGUCAGCAGGAUGCUGAAUUGCUGCAGUCGCUAAUGGCAGAUGCCAUGGACACCCUUGAAGGAAGAAGAAGUGAUAAAGAACGUGUGUGGAAUAAAAUUCAGAAGGUUGGAAUAAUUGAAGACUUCUUAUACCAAACAGAAGAUAGUUUCUUAAAGAACAAAAAGCUCAGAAUAGCUAGGAGGCAGAAAAUGAAAAUGAAGAAACUUCAGAGCGUUCAGCAACAGUAA